AUGGUCCUCACGGUCAAGUCCCUCCUCACCGGCCUCGUGGGCGCGGCUGCCGUCUCCGCGCAGUGCACCGGGCCCCCAGCCAACGAUGCCACGGUCUCCCUCAUCGCCGAGUUUGAGGACCUUGACCCCAGCGGCUAUCCUACCGUGGGCUACGGCCAUCUCUGCGCCGAUUCGUCCUGCUCGGAUGUGCCCUACUCCAUCCCCUUGAGCGAGGCUGAUGGCCGCUCUCUGCUCCGAAGUGAUAUGGCCGUCGCGCAGAACUGCAUCACCCUCGACACUGGCUCCAACGUUGUGCUCAACGCCAACCAGUACGGCGCCUUUGUCAGCUGGGCCUUCAACGUCGGCUGCGGCAACUCGGGCUCCUCCACGCUCAUCUCGCGCCUCAAUGCUGGUGAGAACCCCAACACGGUGGCUGCCGAAGAGCUGCCCAAGUGGAAGUAUAGCAAUGGCGUCGAGCUGCCCGGCUUGGUGAGGAGGAGGAAUGCAGAGGUUGAUCUCGCGCAAACCGCCACGAGCGCCCCUGCGCUGCCUGCCUGCUCAUAA